AUGUCCACCUCCCGCCGAUCAUCGUCCACGCCGGACAUCAUGAACGACCCGCAGUUCGACCCUACACCAGCCAGUGACAAGUCGCCUGCCGAAGGAGACACUUGCAGGAUCUGUCGCAGCGAGGGCUCAGAUGCAGAGCCGCUGUUUUAUCCCUGCAAGUGCAGUGGCAGUAUCAAGUUCGUCCACCAAGACUGCUUGAUGGAAUGGCUGUCGCACUCGAACAAGAAACACUGCGAGCUCUGCAAGACCCCUUUCCGCUUUACAAAACUCUACGACUCGCACAUGCCACACACUCUGCCGCUGCCCAUCUUCGUAAAAAGAGCCUGUCUACAUACUGCAAACUACCUAUUGACUUGGGCUCGUGCCGUCACCGUCGCUCUCGUCUGGCUCGUUGUGCUUCCUUGGUUUAUUCGUUGGUCAUGGAGGGGCCUUUUCUGGGUCCUGGAUGCUGGCUGGGCAAGAGACCCAUGGUUGGCCAGAAUGUCCCCUGCCGCACAACAAGCCAACGCAUCUACACCUACCGCCGACAGCAUCGACGAGAAAGAGCCUUUCGGUCUGAGUCUGUCCAGAUUCUUACUCGGCGCUCUCUUCUACCCGCUGAAGCCCCUAGGUCCGCCUGGCUCAUACUCGUCCACGAACACAACACUUGAGACGUCAUUCGCUUCUCCUUACUCUAGCCUCUUGUCUGAUGUCAAAGCUGUAAACUCCUUGACUUCUCAUGCCUGGGUCAAUCGCUUUAUUCUCGACAUGCUUGAGGGUGAGAUAAUCACCAUCCUCGUCGUGAUCGCUUUCAUCCUCGUCUUCCUCAUUCGGGAAUGGGUUGUUCAACAGCAACCCAUCAUCAAUGCCGCUGCUCAUAUUCGUGAUGCUGAGCUGCAGCUGGACGCUGCUGAGCGUGCUGCCCGGAAUCUGCAAGACUUUCAAGAUGAAGAACGCCGACCCCAUGUAGACCGUUAUACGCACUUGUUCGAAGAGCCGUCUGAUAGCGAAGCUUCUGGAGACGAAAGUACUCACUUCAUUGGCUGGCACAAGAUGGAGGAAGUGAUGGACACUGCAGGUAUUCCGUAUCGAUUCGGAGGCGAAGACCACGACGACUUCAUGGAAAGAUUUCAAUACGUCGGCGAGCUGCUUCUUGGGCAACUCAAACUUGCCGAGGAUUCUGGUAUCCUCCCUACUGAAAUCGCGGAGAACAUGUGGGCUAUCUUGGACAACCUUAGUCCUACCAGAAGGGACCUUUGGCGCGGCAUCCUGCUCAGAGAAGACAAGCUAGCCUUAUCAGACGACGAGAAUGUUGGCGGACCUGCGGCCACUGAUUCUGAGACGCAGGAGGACAGUGACGACGAGACUCUGCAAGAAUCACAGAGACGACCAAACAUGCCCCCAAGAGAUGCCUCUUCCCACGCACAAAGGGUUCUGCAAUCAAUCGAAGAGCCGUCCAAUAAUCCAGAGAAUACCAGCCGUCUGCUUGACGUCGAGGCCGAUGGUGAUAGUAGUAGAGGAAGCUGGCAAUUUGUGUCUUCUGCUUCUGACGCCGAGUCGCCCUCUACCACACGGACCCCGCUGUCUUCCUCGUCUCAAGCUGGAGAACCUGCGGACGCCCAGGAGACGGCUACCGUCGAUGCAGAUGCGCUUGGACAUUCGACAGCUAGUACUCUUCAAGCAACUCUAAAUCCGGAACAGCAUAAAGGUCCGAUAACUCGAUUGUUCGACUGGUUUUGGGCCGACAUAGUACUCGAUGAUGAGGACAAUGAGCCUUUACCUGGAGUUGCUGAUGAAGAGAUCGCUCGGAAUGAGGCUGUAGAGCCGCCGUUUGUCCAUCUCCACGACGAAGAACACGUCCACGAUCAUGACCACGAUCAUGACCACGACCAUGAAGGUGCUCAGGAUCCUGAAGUACUCCAAGCUGCAGCUGAGGCUGGCCUCGAUGCUGAAGCCAUCGAAGACGCCGAAGAUCUCGAAGGUAUUCUGGAACUGAUUGGUAUGCAAGGGCCUCUUAUCGGACUAGGACAAACAGCCAUGUUUUGCGCCGUCCUCAUCACAACUACACUCUGGACCGCUAUUGGAGUCCCAUACUUGUUUGGCAAGAUCGCAUUACUCUUCCUUGGUGAUCCAAUAACUUCUAUGAUCAUGACACCUCUUCGCUUUGUUUCUGGAUUUGCAGAUGCAGUUGUCGACAUCGCCGUCUACGCUGGCGGUGCUGCUACCUAUUUUGGAUCCGAGAUUUUGACACGACUGCUUUCUAUGUUGUUCGGUAGUGUGUGCCGAAAGUUCAGCCUGAGCUACGUGGAGCCUUUGGCUAAGCGCGCGCACCACGCAGCGAAUGGAGCCUCUGGACGUCUGGUUAACUUACUUGGUGGAGAUGGACCCAUGGAGUUCGGACUGUUGAUGAAGUCUAUUCAAGCAAGACAAUCUCUCCUCAGCAUGAAAGCAGAAGUCGCUCAAGUAAUUGGCUUCUUUGCCAAAUGCCUUUCAGGAGCCUCAUAUCACCUGCAGAAAUCGACGGCUCCAGAGUUGCUCCAGAUCCUCAACGAAAUAGCCGCAAGCUGUUUCCACCAAGCAGCAUCGAGCUAUGCAUGGGUUCGUACUGUUUUGAGAGAGGGAUUCUCGGAAGCAAUAAACGAUGGAACCUUCACCUUCACUGUAAAAAGUGACGACAGCCUUCUGGAUCCUUCUUUGGCCGUGUGGACAUCUGCAGACCGUUGUCUGACCGUCUUGGCUGGAUACGUACUUCUCGCCAUGAUCGGAGCCAUGUAUCUACUUCGCAAAGAAUCGCUUUUCAGCUCCCCCGGUCUUCAAAACGUUGAGAAGAGUUUCGCCGAUCUUUUGAAACAAGCAGGAGGUGUACUAAAGGUCAUCUUGAUCAUCAGCAUCGAGAUGCUCGCGUUCCCGCUCUAUUGCGGUAUGCUCUUGGACUGUGCUCUACUACCACUCUUUGAGAAUGCUUCGAUUGCCUCUCGAUUGGCAUUCGCUGAACGAUCGCCGUGGUUGUUUGUAUUCAUGCACUGGUUCAUUGGCACUUGCUAUAUGUUCCACUUCGCUCUCUUUGUAUCCAUGUGUCGAAGAAUUCUGCGUAGUGGUGUUCUCUACUUUAUCAGGGAUCCUGACGAUCCAACCUUCCACCCCGUUCGGGAUGUCUUGGAACGCAGCGUCACCACUCAACUCCGAAAGAUCGCUUUUAGCGGCCUCGUUUACGGCGGAUUAGUAAUCGUCUGUCUUGGUGGUGCUAUCUGGGGCACUGCUCGAUUCGGAGUUUUCCCUGUCCGAUGGGCGAGGCCUGAAGCGAAUUUAGAAUUUCCUAUUGACUUCUUAGGAUACAAUCUCCUUGCUCCUGUGGUAGCAUCCUACCUAUUCCCUUCGAAAGGAAUGGAGACGUUCUUCGGAACAUGGCUAAAACUUUGCGCACGCUCGCUGCGCCUUUCGCAAUUCCUAUUUGGCGAGCGACGUAAGAUCGAAGAGGGCUACUCGAACGAUGAAUCUUGGAUCACCAGAUUCAACCCUUGGAAAGACCAAGACGCCAUCAUCAACUCCGGGAGCUUCGUCUACGAUGGUAAAUACGUCCGGGCACCUGCGACCGACCAAGUUAGGAUUCCCAGGGGCGAAAGGGUGUUUUUGGAAGUCAGCGACGCCGAUGAACGAAUUGACGGCACAAAUCCCGGCAACGGUAUUCACGGGCGCCAACCUGAUAAUUUCAACAAGGUAUACAUUCCUCCAUGGUUCCGUCUUCGAAUCUUUACAUUCAUCUCAUGCCUAUGGAUGUUUGCUAUUGCUAUGGGCUUUGGAGUCACCGUUGUCCCUAUGAUUUUUGGACGCCUGAUUCUCUCCAUGGCUGUUUCGGAUCGUAUCGCACCUAACGAUCUCUAUGCCUUUGCUGUUGGAAUCACUACUCUGGGAAUCGCUCUUCAAGCUAUUUUCAACGGACGCCAGGGACUCAAGAGUACUCAAGAAAACAUAUCCAAGCAGAAUCUGGCAGCAGUCAGUGCCAUUAUCAAGAAACAGACAUGGCGUCUUAUUCGAAGCGCAUACGUAUAUGGAUUCGCCGUUAUCAUUGUCCCAACUCUCUUCGCGCUCGUGUUGGAGCUUUAUCUUAUCUUGCCUCUCCGAACAUACAUGGGCCCAGCGUCGAUGGUGGCGCCUCACACCUUCAACAUCCUGCAAGACUGGACGCUCGGGUUCAUCUACGGAAGAGUCGUGCUGCGUCUAUUACUACUGUCACGUACCUCUCGACCAGCAGCAGCAUUGCGCAUGAUCACUCGCGACGGAUUUACCAAUCCCAACGUCAAAUUGGCGACUCGCGCUUUUGUCUUACCGACGCUGCUGCUCUUCUCGAUCGUUUUGUUCUGUCCCCCCUUAAUCGCCUCGGUGCUGGACUUGACGGAUAUCGUCUCUGAGAGCAUUCGCACUAAGGUAUACCGGUAUAGCUAUCCGAUAUGCGCAAGUCAGGUGCUUGGCUUGUGGUGCACGUGGGAACUGGCCGAGGGAAUGCGUCGCUGGAGAGGUCGAAUCAAGGAUGAGGUGUACCUCAUUGGAGAGAGACUCCACAACUUCGGAGAGAGAAGGCCACCAGAGGGCAGCAAGAGCGUUGUCCGCAGACAGAGUUAG